CAAGGCAAUAUUCCCUCCGAUCCGAUCUCGACAAUCUACGUCAGCGGUGGCCUACUCCCACUGGAGAACAAAGCCAAAUUCUGAACCGUGAACCUCAUCCUGCCAAUUCUCCUUCACGGGUCCCCAAUAUCUUCAUCGCCCUCUGUCUCUAUAAAUAACAAGAGAUCCAUCUCCAUGAUCACCACCGCAGCAGGACAACAUUAAACACAAGAAACAAGUGCUACGGCGACGUAUUAGAUGAUGGAGAGAGCGUCAGCAGGGAGGUGGGUGGUGGUCAUGGUGGUGGUCAUGGCGGCCAUAUUUGAAGGGACAAGGUCGUUGAGCUUGUGUGACAUGAAUGAGGAUGGUUUAUUAGCAUGCAAGCCAUCAGUGAGCAAGACAAAUCCAGUGGAUCCACCAUCAAAAGAAUGUUGCAAGGCCCUUAAAUUUGCUAACUUGACGUGCCUGUGUUCUUAUAGGAAUUCACUGUUGUUGCCUUCUCUUGGGAUUGAUCCAGAUCUUGCUUUGGCUUUGCCUGCCAAGUGCAACCUCACCGCUCCUGCCGAUUGCUAAUUAAGUCUAUGUUCUUUUUGUUCGUAUUCACACUCUAUUUUGAGAAAAAUUCUUAGAGAAAAAAAAAAGGAAAAUGAGGAAAAAUAAAAAAAAGUGAUUUU